AUGAAUCGUUGCUACGUCGAUAAUUUAUGCACCACCAGCAUUUCAUCUCAUUGUGACCACAGAUGUGAACAAGAAAACCACAUUCCACCUAAUAUUCCUAUUUAUGAUGGUCAUCUACACCUUAAUGAAAAUAUUUCUCAAAGUCAAUCCGAUCUGAUUUCUCUCCAACAAACUCCUCCUAUUCGAGAAUUUCAUUUGAUAAAUAAUAAUCAUAAGCCUCAUCAAUGGCUAAUUACUAAUAUUCCCACCUUCUCCUCCCAUGUCCAUAUCUACUCCACAGUUGGUGUUCAUCCUAAGUACUUCAAUCCACAAUCUGUAUAUCAAAUCUUAGAUGAUCUUAGAAACAACUUAGAAAUAUCGAAAAAAAAUCCUAAUCAUAAAAAUAAACUUGUAGCUGUUGGUGAAUGUGGUUUAGAUGAAACUAGUUCAACGACUAUUGACCAACAAAUAUUUGUUCUUGAAAAACAAAUAGAUUUAGCCAUUGAAUUCCAUCUACCACUCGUUCUUCAUUGUCGUGGUAUCCAUCUCUAUCGAAAACUCUACGAUUGUUUGAGAAAUCGAGUACAGGAUAAAAACAUACCUAUUCAUUGGCAUUGUAUAAAUAGUAAUGCAAACUUGCAUAUAGUUGAUCUAUGCUUAAAUGAAUUUCCUAACUCCUAUAUUGGUAUUAACGGGUCUAUAACUUACGGAACAAAUACCGAAAAUGCUUUCUUGUUUAAAAAUUGGUUAGUGAAAAGAUCUCCAUUUCUUCCUAGUCAAUUAAUAUUGGAAACAGAUUAUCCUUAUCCGCCACCUCGAAAUCUAUAUGGUACAUAUGAUCCAUCAUGUGCUCUCGUUGGUACAGCUGUAUACCUUUCGAAAAUCGUAAAUAAUCCGAAUCAGAAUGCUCUUUCGUACAUUCAUUCAUCGAAUGCGAAUAUUGUAUCUAUGUAUAGCUUGUAA